AUGAUAUGGUCAGCUGACCGGAAGUACAUCGGAAGACAUAUGUCUAGCCAAUUGUUGUUUGAAGUCGUUGUUUCUGACUUCAUCCUCGAUCUCGAUCCACCAAGUGAUUCCUAUCGUGAAACUCGACGAGAAAAGAAUUCAAAAGUGAGAGGACCAGUGGAUUUUUGCGAUUUGAAUGCACCAAAAAACGAGCAUUUUUCUCUGGAGCCAUUUGAUUCAAAGAAAUAUAAGAAGCUUCCCGAAACUAUCAAAAUUCUUCUUCCAUUGGUAUUGAAAGUUCCUGAAAAAAAGGAAAUAAAAAUUCCGGACACUUCUAGAGAUGCAACGAAAAAUCAGGAAAAGAGAAUGAAGAAAAAGAACAAGUGCACCAUUUUGUGA